AUGGGGUGGGUGAAAGCGUCGGUUGAGCCGUUAGAGCGCCGGCCCCUACAAUGCUUCAGAUGCUUCCGGCACGGCCACGUACCAGCGACCUGUCGCUACACUGCGCCGGAGGAAAACAGAAGGGGCCGGUGCUACCGGUAUGGCGACUCAGGCCAUGAGGCGGCGGGGUGCAAAACGGCCACGGUAAAAUGUCCGCUUUGCACCGACUUUGGUAGGCCUGCGGGCUACCGUCUGAGUGGAAAGGCCUGCGCCCCGAUUCCCCGCAGGAAGAAACGCGGGGCAAAGAAGGCCGCUGCGGGGACCGGGCCAAGUCCCACCCCCGCGCCAGAAAGAAGUCCCGCUGCCACUCCAGCUAAGGCAGCAGUUGAAGAUGAGGCUAGCCAGCUUACCCCGGUGAAUGGUACCCUGGAAGAGGAGAUGGAGGUAAAGGCUCCACCGACAGCGUAA